AAAUUCAUAAAUCAUCUAACAAUAUUCAUUAGAAAACAAUCCAUCUACUUGAAUAAUGGCACUAUCCACAUUCAUCAUGAUUCUGUUCAUAAUUUUGUUCACUUCAUGGCCACAAGCUGUAGCUCAAGACAGUGAAGCAAAAUCAGCACUAUUAAAAUGGAAAAAUAGCUUUGACAAUCCAAGUCAAGCUCUCUUGCCAACUUGGAAAAAUACCACAAAUCCAUGCAGAUGGCAAGGAAUUCAUUGUGACAAGUCCAAUUCAAUUACUACCAUAAACCUUGAAAGUUUAGGACUAAAAGGUACACUUCACUCUCUCACAUUUUCUUCAUUCACAAACCUCACAACCCUAAAUAUCUAUGAUAACAACUUUUAUGGAACCAUUCCUCCACAAAUUGGUAACCUCUCAAAAAUAAAUUCAUUGAAUUUUUCUCGAAAUCCUAUUGAUGGUUCCAUCCCUCAAGAAAUGUUCACCUUAAAAAGUUUACAAAAUAUUGAUUUUUUGUAUUGUAAAUUAAGUGGAGCAAUUCCUAAUUCCAUAGGAAAUUUAACCAACCUAUUGUAUCUAGAUUUAGGAGGCAACAAUUUCGUUGGCACUCCUAUUCCUCCUGUGAUUGGAAAAUUGAACAAAUUAUGGUUUCUAUCAAUUCAAAAAUGUAACCUUAUUGGUUCUAUUCCAAAAGAAAUUGGGUUUUUGACAAACCUUACUUAUAUUGAUUUGUCAAACAACCUUCUUUCUGGUGUUAUUUCUGAAACCAUAGGCAACAUGAGUAAAUUAAAUUUACUUAUCCUUUGUAAUAACACAAAGGUUUCUGGUCCAAUUCCACACUCCUUGUGGAACAUGUCUAGCUUGAACACUAUCUUACUUUAUAACAUGAGUCUUUCUGGUUCAAUCCCUGAAUCUGUCGAAAACUUGAUUAAUGUGAAUGAGCUUGCACUUGAUCGCAAUCGCCUUUCUGGAACCAUUCCUUCCACAAUUGGAAACUUGAAAAAUCUCCAAUAUUUGAUUUUGGGAUUCAAUCAUUUUUCUGGAUCAAUUCCUGCCUCUAUAGGAAAUUUGAUCAAUUUGGUAAUCCUUAGUCUCCAAGAAAACAAUCUCACUGGAACAAUUCCAGCUACAAUUGGAAAUUUGAAGCUGCUCAGUGUCUUUGAAUUAACUAAAAAUAAACUUCAUGGUAGAAUUCCAAAUGAACUCAAUAACAACACCAAUUGGUAUUCCUUUCUUGUGUCUGAGAAUGAUUUUGUUGGCCAUUUGCCGUCUCAAAUAUGUUCUGGUGGAAAAUUAACGUUCUUAAAUGCUGAUAAUAACCGUUUCACUGGUCCAAUACCAACAAGUUUGAAAAACUGUUCUAGCAUCCGAAGGAUCAGAAUUGAGGCAAAUCAAAUAGAAGGUGAUAUAGCACAAGUUUUUGGUGUGUAUCCAAAUUUGCAAUACUUUGAGGCAAGUGAUAAUAAAUUUCAUGGACAAAUUUCACCAAACUGGGGAAAGUGUCUUAAUAUUGAGAAUUUCAAGAUAUCCAACAAUAAUAUUUCUGGUGCUAUACCAUUAGAACUUACUCGUUUGACCAAGCUAGGUAGGCUUCAUCUUUCUUCAAAUCAAUUGACUGGGAAACUUCCAAAGGAAUUAGGACGCAUGGCAUCAUUAAUGGAACUCAAGAUUAGUAACAAUCAUUUCUCGGAAAACAUCCCAACAGAAAUUGGAUCGCUAAAAACACUUAACGAGUUGGACCUCGGAGGAAACGAGUUGAGUGGCACGAUACCGAAAGAAGUUGCGGAGCUACCGAGGUUACGAAUGUUGAAUUUGAGCAGAAACAAAAUUGAAGGAAGUAUUCCAUCUCUGUUUGGUUCAGCUCUUGAGUCACUUGAUCUCAGUGGCAAUCUUUUGAAUGGAAAAAUACCAACAGCUCUUGAAGACUUGGUGCAGUUGUCAAUGUUGAAUCUCUCACACAAUAUGCUUUCAGGAACCAUUCCUCAAAAUUUUGAAAGGAAUUUGGUUUUUGUUAAUAUAUCAGACAACCAGUUAGAAGGCCCACUUCCUAAAAUUCCAGCUUUUCUUCUUGCUCCGUUUGAAUCAUUAAAAAAUAACAAAGGCUUAUGCGGAAAUAUCACAGGUUUGGUUCCUUGUCCAACAAACAAUAGUCGAAAGAGAAAAAAUGUCAUUCGAUCGGUAUUCAUUGCUUUAGGAGCUCUAAUAUUAGUGUUGUGUGGUGUUGGAAUUUCAAUUUAUAUUUUUUGUCGAAGAAAACCACGAAAGGAAAAAAGCCAAACUGAAGAAAAAGCCCAAAGGGGAAUGCUAUUUUCAAAUUGGAGUCAUGAUGGGAAAAUGACGUUUGAAAGUAUUAUUCAAGCUACUGAGAAUUUUGAUGACAAAUAUCUCAUUGGAGUUGGAAGUCAAGGAAAUGUUUAUAAGGCAGAGUUGUCCAGCGGUUCGGUUGGUGCCAUCUAUGCUGUGAAGAAGCUUCAUUUAGUAACAGAUGAUGAAAUGUCAAAGUCUUUUACGAGUGAGAUUGAAACAUUGAGAGGAAUCAAACACAGGAACAUCAUCAACCUUCAAGGAUAUUGCCAACAUUCUAAGUUCUCAUUUUUGGUUUACAAGUUCAUGGAAGGUGGAAGCUUAGAUCAAAUAAUAAACAAUGAAAAACAAGCCAUUGCAUUUGAUUGGGAAAAGAGGGUGAAUGUUGUUAAAGGUGUCGCCAAUGCUUUGUCCUACUUGCAUCACGAUUGCUCACCUCCUAUUGUUCAUCGUGAUAUAUCGAGUAAAAAUGUUCUUAUCAAUCUUGACUAUGAAGCUCAUGUCUCCGACUUCGGGAUCGCUAAGUUUCUAAAGCCUGAUGAGACUAAUCGGACCCAUUUUGCAGGAACUCUAGGGUAUGCAGCUCCAGAGUUGGCACAAACAAUGAAAGUGAAUGAGAAAUGUGAUGUCUACAGUUUUGGAGUACUUGCUUUGGAAAUCAUAAAGGGAGAACAUCCUGGAGAUCUCAUUUCAUUAUAUUUGUCACCAUCUACAAGGACAUUGGCUAAUGAUACAUUAUUGGCAAAUGUUUUAGAUCAAAGACCUCAAGAAGUUAUGAAACCAAUUGAUGAGGAGGUUAUCUUGAUUGCAAAGUUAGCAUUUUCUUGCAUAAAUCCAGAGCCACGCUCUCGGCCAACCAUGGAUCAAGUAUGUAAGAUGCUUGGAGCAGGAAAAUCACCUUUGGAAGAUCAACUUCACACUAUCAAACUAGGACAACUUCUUCAUUAACUCAUUGAAAUACUCUAUUGUAUAUAUAAUAAUAUCCUUGUCUUUUUCUUGUUUCUUCUGUUGUAAGCUUUGAAUAUUUCUUGUUUCUUCUGCUGUAAGCUUUGCAUAUUAAUUGUUGCUUCUGUUGUAAUUUUUGUAUAUAAUCAAGUUGAUAUAAAUAACAUUUCAAUGUGAAUUUGGUUUUAUAAUGAAAA